CGAGCUUUCGAAAGGAGUCGCAAACCACAAGUAGCGCUCGAUGAAGAUUGAAGAAGUUGUGAGCACGAUCAAAACCCAACGGGUGGCCGUUCAUACCCACGUAAAAGGACUGGGGUUGGAUGCCGACGGCUCGGCCCUCCCAAUCGGGUCUGGCUUGGUGGGACAAGAGAAGGCGCGUGAAGCAGCGGGGAUUGUUGUCGAGCUCAUCAAGUCCAAGAAGAUGGCUGGACGUGCGUUGUUGUUGGCAGGCGCCCCGGGCACGGGGAAAACCGCCUUGGCGCUCGGUGUGUCUCAAGAACUCGGGCCGAAGGUUCCAUUUUGCCCAAUGGUUGGCUCCGAAGUUUACUCGUCUGAAGUGAAGAAGACAGAAAUUCUCAUGGAGAAUUUUCGACGAGCUAUCGGCCUGCGCAUCAAGGAAAACAAGGAAGUGUACGAAGGCGAGGUCACUGAAAUUACGCCGGAAGAGUCAGAAAACCCGUUGGGCGGAUACGGGAAGACUAUUUCCCACGUCAUUCUUGGCUUGAAGACGACCAAAGGGUCUAAGCAAUUGCGUCUCGACCCGAGCAUCUACGAAGGCCUGCAGAAGGAAAAGGUGUCUUGCGGUGAUGUGAUUUACAUCGAAGCCAACAGUGGCAGCGUCAAGCGCGUUGGGCGCUCAGAUGCAUAUGCGACGGAGUACGACCUCGAAGCCGACGAAUAUGUUCCAAUGCCCAAGGGCGACGUUCACAAGAAAAAGGAAAUUAUCCAAGACGUGACUCUCCAUGACCUGGACAUUGCGAACGCCAAACCCCAAGGGGGCCAGGACAUCAUGAGCAUGAUGGGCAACUUGAUGAAGUCCAAGAAAACAGAAAUCACGGAAAAGCUCCGGUCCGAAAUUAACAAGGUCGUCAAUCGAUACAUUGACCAAGGCGUGGCCGAGUUGAUUCCUGGUGUGCUUUUUGUGGACGAGGUCCACAUGCUCGACAUUGAGUGCUUCACAUACUUGAACCGUGCUCUCGAAUCCACGUUGGCACCCAUUGUGAUCUUUGCCACCAACCGCGGCGUGUGCAAUGUCCGCGGCACGGAAAUUUCGUCGCCCCACGGCAUCCCGUUGGAUUUGCUGGAUCGCAUGCUCAUCAUUCGCACGAUGCCGUACUCCGUCGAGGAAAUGGUCCAAAUCGUCAACAUUCGCGCUGAAGCGGAGAACAUCAACUUGCACGAAGCGGCGUUGACCCGCAUGGGCGAAAUUGGCGCGACGACGUCGCUGCGUUAUGCCGUUCAGUUGCUGACGCCGGCGCGCAUUCUAGCUGAAACGCAGGGGCGAUCGGACAUUGUCGUCGACGACGUCGAUGAAAUCAACGCUCUAUUUAACGACGCCAAGCGGUCGGCCAAAGCGCUUGCCGAGUCCAGCGAAGGAUACUUGCAAUAAAGAAGCCUUGUUGCAAGCGCGUACUCUGUAGUUAAUGGUACAUUCGUUCCUGGAUAACUUCCUGUUAUGACUUGUGCCAACGUUACUCGGAAUACUUAUCGUCGUUCGUGUCCAUCCAUGUCGUUCGAGCGGUGCGUAGCUACGUCCGAAUAUGGUGCAACCAAAGGAAAACGAGUGCGUGGCACUGUUGGUGGCUAGAGAAGUGAGCAGUCACACCGGCGCUUCGUCAACGUCUCAGUGUCUAACCCCAUCAUAGGGGCCAAGGUAACCUGCCAGCAGCACGUUCUCGAGAUGCUCAUGAUUGACGCCGUCCAGCCCUUUCGAACGUCUGCGUGUGGCUUUGGCGAGUGGCUGGAGUUGUUUG